UACUGGCAAAUGGGGAGGGAGACCGACUUGGGUCCCAACCUCACUCUGCCCCUUGGGACUCUCAUUCAGCCUGUCAGCUCCCAUUUGUACCUCAUCCAACUUUCUGGGUGCUGCACAACCUCAGACCUCCCAGUGAAACCACUGGGUCUGUCUUGCUGUCCUUGGGGGUGGCUGGGACCUGGGGCAGCAGCCAGGAAUGCUGACCCCCUUUCUCCAAGGAGCCCCAGCCUUGUGGUCAGGACCUGCCAGGGCUGGGAGCAUAGCUAUGCCCAGCUCUGGGGCACACUGGGCCCUCCUACAGUGGGGAACCUGGGUGGAGGAGAGGUGCAGGAGGAGAUAGACUCUGGGAUCUACCGUGCGCUUAAAGCCUGGAUUGAGAGCAAGCUACCAAGUGUUCUGGGCUCAGGCACCCCAUCUACCAUGAACUUCCAGGUGACAGGCCUGGGCCUGGACAAAAUGAAGCUGGACAGUCCCCAGUCCUUCCUGGACCAGGAGGAGGUGGAAGAGGCCGAGGAUGGGCAGCUGCUGGAGCCCGAGGCUUGGCGAACCUAUGUGGAGCGCCGCAACGCUCUGCAAGAGUUCCUGACUUCAGACCUGAGCCCCCACCUGCUCAAGCGCCACCACGCCCGUAUGGAGCUCCUCAAGAAGUGCUCCUACUACAUCGAGAUCCUCCCCAAGCACCUGGCUCUGGGCGACCAGAACCCACUGGUGCUGCCCACCACCAUGUUCCAGCUCAUUGACCCCUGGAAGUUCCAGCGCAUGAAGAAGGUGGGCGCCGCCCAGACCAAGAUCCAGCUCCUGCUGCUUGGGGACCUGCUUGAGCAGCUGGACCACGGCCGCUCUGAGCUGGAUGCCCUGCUCGAGUCGCCGGACCCUCGGCCCUUCCUGGCAGGCUGGGGGCACGUGGAGCAGCGCCUGGCGGACCUGUCGGCUGUCAUGGACAGCUUCCUGGCCAUGAUGGUGCCGGGGCGCCUACACGUCAAGCACCGCCUAGUGUCUGACAUUGGUGCCACCAAGAUUCCCCACAUCCGGCUCAUGCUGAGCACCAAGAUGCCCGUCAUGUUUGACCGCAAGGAGUCGGUGGCCCACCAGGACUGGGUUAGCCUGCGCUGGUUUGUCACCAUCCAGCAGGCUGUGCCGGAGCAGUUUGAGCUGCGCUACAAGCUGCUGGAUCCACGGACACAGCAGGAGUGCAUGCAGUGUGGCAUCAUCCCCGUGGCCACCUGUGCCUUUGACAUCCGAAACCUGUUGCCCAACCGUGCCUACAAGUUUACUGUCAAGAGGGCGGAGAGCUACACACUGGUGUAUGAGCCCUGGAGGGACAGCCUCACCCUGCACACCCGGCCAGGGCCCCCCGAAGGGCCCGCCUCCUGUUGGCUGGGCAAGCUGGGCCCGUCCCUGACCGCACCUUCCGAGAGAUGAUUUUCUAGUAUUUAUCCACUAAUAAAGAGGAGUAUAAACACACAUA